CAGCCGGCAAGAGAGAUAGAAAAAGGGGCUUACUUUACGACCUCACAGGGGCAUCCAAUCACAGUUCCUCUCCAGAUAGCAAAAUGGGUUGUAGUAGGAACCUCGGUGCAGCGGAUGACACGUCAGAGGUGGGCACACCCGGGCUAGCAAAGAAAAUGUAGUAGAAACUCGGCAGUUGUAGCAGGAGCAGCGGGGUGUCUCGGCAGGCCCGGGGUGCUGCGUUACAGUGUAUCGAAAACUUGGAGCAUUGGCAGAAAAAUGGCGGUGUUAUAAAUUACUCACCACAAUCGGCGUGUUCUUCUCUCGGCGUGUUCUGCCCUCGGCGACUUCUUCCCUCGGCAUGGCUGCGGAGAAGAGAGUAGCGUACGACGCGGAGUUUAAAGUGAAAGCGAUUAACUAUGCAAAAGAACAUGGGAAUAGACCUGCAGCUAGAGCAUUCCACAUUAAUGAAUGCAUGGUACGCAGAUGGAGACAGCAGGAGGAAGAACUUCGUCUUACAAGAAAGACAAAGAAAAGUUUCCGUGGCCGUAGAGCACGAUGGCCAGAGCUGGAGGACAGACUUUAUCACUGGAUUUCUGAGCGAAGGGCAGCUGGCCGAAGUGUAUCUACUGUUGCCAUUCGGAUACAAGCCAAAGCAAUUGCAAAUCAAUUGCAUAUAGAAGAAUUUAAAGCAGGAGCGUCUUGGUGCUUUCGUUUUAUGAAGCGACAGCAGCUCUCCAUUCGUACACGGACCACGGUGUGUCAGCAGUUGCCGGUGGACUACAAAGAAAAGGUAGCCAGGUUCCGGAGUUACUGCAAAAACAAGAUCUCUGAAAAUAAUAUACAGCCGCAUUGUAUAAUUAACAUGGACGAAGUCCCCCUCACAUUCGAUAUGCCAUUGACGAGGACCGUGGAGCACACCGGAACACCGACAGUACCGGUAAGAACCACGGGGAAUGAAAAGACGUCGUUUACGGUCGUCCUCGGCGUUUCGCUAGCUGGGCAGAAAUUACGCCCCAUGGUAAUUUUUAAAAGAAAAACCCUCCCUAAAGACAGAUUUCCAGAUGGAAUAAAGGUUCAUGUUAAUUCAAAAGGCUGGAUGGAUGAAGAGGCAAUGAAGAUUUGGCUAACGGAAGUUUAUGGUGGCACACUGCAUAGGUUCUUUAAUCAGUUACCGGGACUGCUAAUUUUGGAUUCCAUGCGUGCCCACACGACGAAACUCGUGAAAGAAAUCGUGAGAAUAAAGAAGUCGGAGCUUGCUGUAAUACCAGGUGGCUUGACCAAAGAACUGCAGCCUCUGGACAUAGGUAUUAUUCGUUCCUUCAAGGCUAAAGUGCGAUCUCUGUGGGAAGAGUGGAUGUUGGAAGGCGAGCAUUCCUACACUGACACCGGGAGGCUGCGCAGGGCAAGUUACGCUACAGUCUGCCAGUGGAUACUGGAUGCCUGGGGUAAAGUAACUACCAGAACUAUCAGCCGAGGGUUCGCCAAAGCUGACAUCAUUCCUGGACUGACCAGCAAUGCCAUGGAGAGUACCGAAAGUGAUAACUCUGACGGUGAAGGUACGGGCGAAACCGCCUCACGUUCGCUGGAUCCCACCAUUGCCCAACUGCUGGUUUCCGAUACGGAGAAUGAAGACUUCGAUGAUUUCAUGGAAGAUGAAUGUUUUCAGUUUUCUGCGGCUGCGCGGUUGGCCGUCCUUGUGCGGCUGCGCAGGUAG